AUGUUUCUUAGAAGGUUUCUAUUCACCUGCCUUCUCGUUUAUGGCUACGCCUCGACAGCCUUUGCUCGACAGCCAGACGAUCUAGUUUCAGCAAUGACGAGCGGCGACAUCGAUAAGAUCAAGUCGUUUUGCGAAAAAUUCGUUGCCGCGUCCACUAACGCGAGCUUGCGUGCAGACGAGAGAGAGGAAGCUGGGAUUUACAAGAACGCAGUCUGCACCGAUGCCUAUCUGGAUUCCAUCCAAGAAAUUGCCCCAUUGCUCAAAUGCAUUCAACAGGCUGGCAACAAGCUGGAAGUGUGGGCGAAGUGCGGGAGGAUCCAUGCUGGGACGAGUUGCAG